GGAGACAGGAGGCGCGGGAUGGCGGAAACUGUGACGGAGUCGGGAGACCCGGGCUCUGGCACGGCUGCUGUCGUUUCGGACGACUCGGAGACCGGGACGCGUCGACUCAGCGACCUGCGGGUGAUCGACCUGCGGGCGGAGUUGAAGAAGCGGAACCUGGACACGGCCGGCAACAAGAGCGUCUUGAUGGAGCGGCUCAAGAAGGCGGUUAAGGAAGAAGGGCAUGAUCCCGAUGAACUUGAUAUCGAGUUAGAAUCCACCAGCAAGAAGACAGCAAAGAAGGGUGUGAAAGGGCAGAAGAUGGAAGAUGAAGGCAUGGAAGAUAAUGGGCUGGAGGAAGAUUCCAGAGAGGAACAGGAGGAUAUGGAAACAAGUUUGGAGAACUUGCAGAAUAUUGAUAUGAUGGAUAUUAGUGUGUUAGAUGACAGCGAAGUCGAUAAUGGCAGCGCUCCAGACUUCGGGGAAGAUGGCACAGACAGCAUCCUCUAUUCCCUUUGUGAUAGCAAAGAAUACGUGGCUGAACAACUGAGGCAGCUUCCAGCUCAGCUCACAGAACAUGCUGUGGAUGGGGAUGGCUUUGGGGACACUUUGGAUGCUUCAUCACUGGACUUCAAAGUCACUUCGGAGAUUGAAGAACCCCUAUUGGAGCCAGAAAAUGAGAAAAUACUCGACAUUUUGGGGAAAACUUGUAAAUCUGAGCCAGUAAAAGAAGAAGGUUCCGAGGUGGAGCAGCCAUUGGCACAAGAUACAAGUAGCGUGGGGCCAGACAGCAAGCUUGCGGAAGAGGAGGACCUUUCUGAGCGCGCUCACCCGGAGGAGGAGCAGGAGGAAGGCGGUUUAGAUUUGGCCAGCGAGUCAACAGACGCUCAGAGCAAGGCAGACACCCCGUUAGCGGUAGUGAAAAGGGAGCCGGCGGAGCAGACAGGCGAUGGCGAGAGUGCGGACUGUGAGCCCGUAGGGCUAGAGAAGCCAGGUGAACAGAGUAGUAAAGCCCCAGAAGACGCGGACGCCUCUAACAAGGAGGUGGCGGCGGAAGCACCCCGCGAAGCCUCAAGCCCUGAACCCAGAGAUAGCAAAGAAGACGCGAAGAAGGGUGACUUUGAAGCUUGUAAUGAAGUCCCUCCGGCUCCUAAAGAGUCCUCAGCCAGUGAGGGCGCUGAUCAGAAAAUGAGCUCUUUUAAGGAAGAAAAAGAUAUAAAGCCAAUCAUUAAAGAUGAAAAAGGUCGUGUCACUAGCAGUUCUGGUCGGAAUCUAUGGGUCAGUGGACUGUCUUCAACCACGAGAGCAACUGAUCUGAAGAACCUUUUCAGCAAGUACGGAAAGGUUGUCGGGGCCAAAGUGGUCACCAAUGCCCGCAGUCCUGGGGCACGGUGCUAUGGCUUUGUCACCAUGUCGACGUCGGAUGAGGCUACCAAGUGCAUUAGCCACCUGCACAGGACAGAGCUUCAUGGAAGAAUGAUCUCCGUGGAGAAGGCCAAAAAUGAACCUGCUGGAAAAAAGCUGUCUGAGAGAAAGGAGUGUGAAGUGAAGAAGGAAAAACCGUCUAGCGUCGAGAAGCACCAUUCUGUGGAAGUCAAAGUUGAAAAAACCGUCAUUAAGAAGGAAGAGAAGGUUGAGAGAAAGGAGGAAAAGAAGCCUGAAGACAUUAAGAAGGAAGAAAAAGACCAAGAAGAGAUGAAACCAGGAACCCCAAGUCGGUCAAGAGUCACGAAAUCAGGAAGCAGAGGAAUGGAGCGGACGGUCGUGAUGGAUAAGUCCAAGGGUGAGCCUGUCAUCAGUGUGAAAACCACAAGCAAGUCCAAAGAAAGGAGCUCUAAAAGUCAAGAUCGCCAGUCGGAGAGCAGAGAGAAGAGGGACAUCUUGUCCUUUGAUAAAAUCAAAGAGCAGCGGGAGCGGGAGCGCCAGAGGCAGCGCGAGCGGGAGAUCCGGGAGACCGAGAGGCGCCGGGAGCGGGAGCAGCGGGAGCGCGAGCAGCGCCUGGAGGCCUUCCACGAGCGGAAGGAGAAGGCCCGCUUCCAGCGUGAGCGCAUGCAACUGGAGUGCCAGUGGCAGCGGCUGGAGCGGGAGCGCUGGGAGCGCGAGCGGCUGGAGAGGGAACGCAUACGUGUGGAGCGUGAGCGCAGGAAGGAGCAGGAGCGCAUCCACCGCGAACGCGAGCAGUUGCGCUACGAGCAAGAGCAGCUGCGUUAUGUGCAGGAGCGGCGCCCUGCCUUCCGGAGGCCCUAUGACGUGGACCGACGCUCUGACUCCUACUGGCCAGAAUCAAAGCGGGCAGUGCUGGAGGACAGGUAUCGGUCGGACUUCCCACGCUCGGAACACCGCUUCCAUGAUUUUGACCACCGUGACCGGGGCCAGUAUCAUGACCACAUGGGCGACAGAAGAGAGAGUUCCAGGUCAGUGAUGGGCGAUCGAGUUGGACCGCACUACUCAGAUCGCCACGGCCGGGACUCUCGAGCCAGCUGGGGCGGCUACGGCCCGGGCAAGAGGCUGAGCGAAGGCCGGACACUGCCGUCCACACCCAGGGGUGGACGUGACUGGGGAGAGCACAGCCAGAGGCUGGAAGAUCAUCAGGAGCGCGCCUGGCAGGGUGGUGUGGACACUGACACGGCUGGCCGAGAACAUGCACAGUGGCAAGGUGGUGAGAGAGGCCCGCCCAGCCCUGAGGGACCAGGGCACCUGGCGAGCAGGGGCGGAAUGGCGGGGCGAGGCGGCUUGGCACAGGGUGGACAUUCCCAGGGCCACGGGGCAACAGCGGGCGGACUGGAAGGUGGAGGACUGGCCGGCCAGGACCGGGGCAGCAGAGCCUCCCACCCCCACCCAUACCCCCACUUUACCCACAGCCGCUACUAG